UGCAGGUAAUGAAGUCUGUAGUUGGCCAGUUUUCCAAAGCUUCAAAGGGAGACAUCUCUGAUCAGGACAUCACACGAGCAAAAAAUCAGAUGAAAGCGCAUCUUCUUAUGAACAGUGAAAGUCAGGAUACGAUGUUUGAGGACAUUGGCUUUCAGAUAUCAACCAAGGGAAGUUACACAUCACCUCUAGAAGCCGCCACGGCUGUUGAUUCUAUUACCAAGACCGAUGUCUUGACGGUAAGAAAUACUUCAUUUGAAAUGAGAUAUUCCGCGUGUAAGAAGUUGUUACAUGGGGAGAACGUCCAUUUUAAACAGCAACUUCGAAACUGUUAAUUUAGAAAGUUUAAA